CGUUGUUUGCAGUAGCGGGCUUCACAGGCGUGCAGUAGCCUGACAACAGCAGCAGCAGCAGCAGGAGGGAAUGGGUAGAGAGGGGCUCCGCACCGUUUAACAAGACACUCUUCAGCACAACACGACCAUUAAAACAAUUCACCAUCGAACAUCGAAGGAAUACUGUCUCAGGCCCCCUCCCCCAUCUGCAGCUUUGAGAGUAACUCAAGGGGAGAAAAGAAUGAGCUGAUUUUAAGAGCUCAGAUAAUGAUGCCCAGAAUAAGUGCGGCCUGGUCACAGAGCAAAGUGGGGAACGCACACGCUUGAGCAUUAGAUGGCCAUGAUGCAAUGAGAUAAACACUGGAUGACUGGAGGUCUCCUGCUUAUCAGUCUCUAAGCAUGGCUGGCCUACAGCUGGUGACCCCUGCCUCCUCACCCAUGGGGCCCUUCUUUGGUCUCCCGUGGCAACAGGAAGCUAUCCAUGACAACAUAUACACACCAAGGAAAUAUCAGGUUGAACUUCUUGAAGCAGCUCUUGAACAUAAUACUAUAGUCUGCUUAAAUACUGGCUCAGGGAAGACCUUUAUCGCAGUGCUCCUAAUCAAAGAACUCUCCCACCAAAUUCGUGGCGAGAAUGGGAAGAGGACAGUUUUCCUGGUGAAUGCAGCGUCAUCUGUGGCUCAGCAAGCAUCUACUGUAAGAACACACUCUGAUCUCCAAGUAGGCGACUAUAUGUCAGAGGACAUGACAUCAUGGCCCGAGGAGAUGUGGAACAGAGAGAUGAUAGAGAAUCAGGUGCUGGUGAUGACGUGCCACAUCUUCCUGCAUGUUUUAAAGAAUGGAGUCUUGCCACUAUCAAAGAUCAACCUGCUGGUUUUUGACGAAUGCCACCUUGCAAUCACUGGCCAUCCUUAUCGGGAAAUAAUGAAGAUUUGUGAAGGUUGCCCCAGCUGUCCUCGCAUUUUGGGUCUCACUGCUUCCAUUUUAAAUGGCAAAUGUGACCCUUGUGAUUUGGAGGAGAAAAUUCAGAACCUGGAGAAGAUUCUUCAGAGCAAUGCAGAAACUGCCACUGAUCUUGUGGUGCUGGAUAGGUAUGCGUCGCAGCCGCGUGAGGAGGUGCUGGAUUGUGGACAGUACCAAGAUCAGAGUGGGCUCUCGGAGAGGCUUUUAAAUGAGCUGGACGAAGCCCUCAAUUUUCUAAACGAUUGCAACUUGUCUGUACAUAGAGAAGAUAGAGACCCCACGUUUAUCUCCAAACAGGUGCUGAAUGACUGUCGUGCUGUGUUGACUGUGCUGGGCCCUUGGUGUGCGGAUAAAGCUGCAGGAAUCAUGGUUCGGGAGCUGCAGAAAUAUAUUAAACAUGAACAGGAAGAGCUAAACCGCAAGUUCCUGUUGUUCACCGACACCAUCCUGAGGAAAAUCCAUGCCUUAUGUGAGGAGCAUUUUUCCCCAGCUUCCCUCGACCUGAAGUUUGUCACUCCCAAGGUCAUCAGACUUUUGGAGAUUCUCCACGAGUACAAGCCUUUCGAACGGCAGCAGUUUGAGAGUGUGGAGUGGUACAACAAUCGCAAUCAGGACAAUUAUGUUUCUUGGAGUGAUUCUGAAGAUGAUGAUGAGGACGAAGAGGCGGAGGCAAAGGAGAAAACCGAAGCAAAUUUUCCCUCGCCGUUCACAAAUAUCCUCUGUGGAAUCAUCUUUGUGGAAAGGCGAUAUACAGCGGUUGUUUUAAACAGACUUAUUAAGGAGGCAGGAAAGCAAGACCCAGAGCUGGCUUACAUCAGUAGCAACUUCAUCACAGGGCACAGCAUCGGCAAGAACCAGCCUCGCAACAAGCAGAUGGAGGUGGAGUUCAGAAAACAAGAGGAAGUCUUGAGGAAAUUCAGAGCCCAUGAAACCAACUUGCUCAUUGCAACCAGCAUUGUGGAGGAAGGCGUCGAUAUCCCAAAGUGCAAUUUGGUCGUUCGGUUUGACCUGCCGACAGAGUACCGGUCGUACGUGCAAUCCAAAGGUCGAGCCCGUGCUCCAGUCUCCAACUACAUCAUGCUAGCAGACAGCGAACGGACUAAAACCUUCCAAGAAGACCUCAAGACCUACAAGGCCAUAGAGAAGAUCCUCCGAAAUAAGUGCUCGAAGUCGGCUGAAUGCAAUGAUUUUGAGCUGGAGCCUGUGACCGAUGACGACAAUGUUCUCCCACCGUACGUCCUGCGCUCAGAGGACGGCGGGCCUCGUGUCACCAUGAACACUGCCAUUGGGCACGUCAACCGAUAUUGUGCGCGCUUGCCCAGUGAUCCGUUCACUCAUCUCGCUCCGAAGUGUAAAACUGUAGAGAUGAACACCGGAGGGUAUCGAUCCACACUCUUCCUACCUAUCAACUCACCACUCAGAGUUCCUGUCACCGGGCCAGUAAUGAAUUGUGCAAGACUGGCUGAGAAAGCUGUCGCUCUUCUCUGUUGUGAAAAACUCCACAAAAUUGGUGAACUGGAUGAUCAUCUGAUGCCUGUGGGAAAGGAAACUGUGAAGUAUGAGGAGGAGCUGGACCUGCAUGAUGAAGAGGAGACAAGCGUGCCAGGAAGACCAGGCUCCACUAAACGGAGACAGUGCUCCCCAAAAGCCAUACCAGAGUGUCUGCGGGGUUGUUACCCUGUGCCAGAGCAGCCUUGCUACCUUUACGUUAUUGGGAUGGUCCUCACCACCCCUCUACCUGACGAACUCAACUUCCGGCGGAGGAAGCUGUAUCCACCAGAGGACACAACCCGAUGUUUUGGCAUUCUGACAGCUAAACCAAUACCCCGGAUCCCUCAUUUCCCUGUGUACACUCGUUCUGGUGAGGUGACCAUCUCCAUUGAGCUGCAGAAGUCGGGCUUUAGUCUAAGUGCGGAGCAGCUGGAGCUGAUCACACGUCUGCAUCAGUACAUCUUCUCCCACAUCCUCCGUCUGGAAAAGCCAGCACUAGAGUUUAAGCCUGUAGAGGCAGAUUCUGCCUACUGUGUUCUACCUCUCAACAUCGUUGAGGAUUCCAAUACUUUGGAUCUGGAUUUCAAGUUCAUGGAGGAUAUUGAAAAGUCUGAAGCACGCAUUGGCAUUCCAAACACUCAGUACACCAAGCAAAACCCAUUCAUCUUCAAAUUGGAGGACUACCAGGAUGCUGUCAUCAUUCCAAGGUAUCGUAAUUUUGACCAGCCGCAUCGGUUCUACGUGGCUGACGUUUACACAGACCUCACCCCGCUCAGUAAAUUCCCCUCUCCAGAGUACGAGACUUUUGCCGAAUACUAUAAAACCAAGUACAACCUGGACCUGUCAAAUGUUAAUCAGCCCCUACUGGAUGUGGACCACACAUCUUCAAGAUUGAAUCUUUUAACUCCCCGGCACCUUAAUCAAAAGGGGAAAGCCCUUCCUCUCAGCAGUGCGGAGAAGAGAAAGGCCAAGUGGGAAAGCCUACAAAACAAACAGAUUUUAGUUCCGGAGCUCUGUGCCAUUCACCCCAUCCCAGCCUCUUUGUGGAGGAAAGCCGUCUGCCUUCCCAGCAUUCUCUAUAGACUUCACUGCCUUCUGACGGCCGAAGAGCUGCGGUCUCAGACAGCCAUCGAUGCUGGCGUAGGGGCUCAGACCUUGCCUCCUGAUUUCAGGUAUCCUAAUUUGGAUUUCGGAUGGAAGAAAUCCAUCGACAGCAAGUCUUUCAUCUCCUGCCCCAGUGCAUGUAUGGAAGAAGACGACGAUCACUGUAAACUCGGCACAAGCUCCGAUUCAAACCACACUGCCCCCGAGAGCUGCAGUAUGGAGGUCUCCCAGCCUCCAGAAGGCGCUCCCAACACACCAGAUGAAAAGCUAGAAACCCUCACUCUCCCUGUGACUGAUCUAAACAAAGACUGUUUCCCAAACCUCCCAAACGGCACUCAGGCCGACAGCGACGACCUCCCUCACAGAAGUGACGUUUGCCAAUGCUCUCAGCUGGGCCCUCUGGAGAGAGACCUAUCAACACAAACCACUACCUCAGUUUCAGUGCGGCCCUCUCCAGCUGGAGAACCACAGCCAUGGCCCAGCGAUGAAUGUACAGGCAGGAGCUCGGAUCUCUGCGACCCACAUGUGAAGAAACCUACCUCAAAGCAUUGCCCUAAAUCGGAGACGGCGACUAGCACCCCAGCACCUUCAGAAACGUCAUCAGAGGACUGUAGAUCAGCCUGCGCUGGUCCAGCCUGGGAUUCGCCCAAAACCCUGGGCCCGAACCCCGGGCUCAUCCUGCAGGCCCUGACUCUCUCCAACGCCAGUGACGGCUUCAAUCUGGAACGCCUGGAGAUGCUGGGCGACUCCUUCCUGAAACACGCCAUCACCACAUACCUGUUCUGCACUUACCCUGACGCCCACGAGGGCAGACUGUCCUACAUGAGAAGCAAGAAGGUCAGCAACUGUAACCUGUAUCGGCUGGGGAAGAAGAAGGGUCUUCCGAGUCGAAUGGUGGUGUCCAUCUUUGACCCGCCGGUAAACUGGCUUCCUCCAGGCUACGUCGUGAAUCAGGACAAAAGCAGCACAGACAAGUGGGACUCAGAUGAGAAUAAAGAUUUAGCGAAUGGAAAAGCCAGCGAUGACGAAGACGAGGAUGACGAUGAUGAGCCGGAAGAAGCAGAGGUCGAGCCAUCUAAAGAAGAUGUAAAUGUUGAAGACGACCUGGAGUAUUAUUACGAACACAUCCGCUUCAUCGACAGCAUGUUAAUCGGCUCUGGCGCUUUCGGCAAGAAGAUCUCCCUCCAGCCCACAGACCCCGGCUACGAAUGGAAAGCUCCUAAAAAAGCCCACAACUCCCACUUCUCGCCAGACGGGGGUGCUGACGAGUUCGAUUACAGCUCCUGGGACGCCAUGUGUUACCUGGACCCCAGUAAAGCAGGUGAGGAGGACGAUUUCGUGGUGGGCUUCUGGAAUCCCUCUGAGGAAAACUGCGGCACGGACAUCGGGAAACAGUCCAUCUCUUAUGACCUUCACACGGAGCAGUGCAUCGCAGAUAAGAGCAUAGCGGACUGUGUGGAGGCUCUGCUGGGCUGCUAUCUGACCAGCUGUGGUGAGCGAGCGGCUCAGCUGUUUCUCUGCUCUCUGGGCCUGAAGGUGCUACCACCGGAGAAGCAGAGUUCGGGAGGCUCUGCCGAGCUCCAGUACGGCUGGCUGAAGAUCCCACCACGCUGCAUGUUCGAACAUCCUGACGCUGAACGCACGCUCAACCACCUCAUCUCUGGCUUCCUGAACUUCGAGAGCAAGAUCAACUACACGUUUAAGAACAAGGCGUACCUGCUGCAGGCCUUCACACACGCCUCGUAUCAUUACAACACCAUUACAGAUUGUUAUCAGCGGUUGGAGUUUCUUGGUGAUGCAAUUCUAGACUACCUCAUAACCAAGCACCUUUAUGAAGACCCCCGGCAGCACUCGCCCGGCGUGCUGACCGACCUGCGCUCUGCACUUGUCAACAACACCAUAUUCGCUUCCCUGGCUGUCAAGUAUGAUUACCACAAGUACUUCAAAGCUGUCUCGCCAGAACUCUUCCACGUGAUCGACGAUUUUGUGCAAUUUCAACUGGAGAAGAAUGAAAUGCAAGGAAUGGAUUCAGAGCUUCGCCGAUCGGAGGAAGAUGAAGAGAAAGAGGAAGACAUUGAAGUCCCCAAAGCAAUGGGAGACAUCUUUGAAUCGCUAGCUGGUGCAAUUUACAUGGAUAGCGGGAUGUCACUUGAGACAGUUUGGCAAGUGUAUUAUCCAAUGAUGAGGCCGCUCAUAGAAAAAUUCUCCGCUAAUGUCCCUCGAUCCCCAGUGCGUGAACUCCUGGAGAUGGAGCCAGAGACAGCUAAGUUCAGCCCUGCGGAAAGAACUUAUGAUGGAAAGGUACGGGUGACGGUGGAAGUCGUGGGCAAAGGCAAGUUCAAAGGCGUAGGACGCAGCUACCGGAUAGCCAAGUCAGCAGCCGCCCGCCGAGCCCUGCGCAGUCUCAAAGCCAACCAACCUCAGGUCCAAAACAACUGAGACACCCGGUCAAAUACGCCGCAAUGAACCAAUCCAGUCACGGGAUUUCAGCUCAAUUCACAUGGGGUUCAUAUUUCAUGUUAUUCUUUACGUGCGCAAACACAAUCUUUUUUUCUCCCCAGCUUUGUUGGAUCACGAGUGCUUUUCAUGUAUCGCAAGUGUUAAGAAAAAGGUCAGGUCUUCUUACACCCACAAUUUCCCUAUUUUUAUUAACAUUUAAAAAAAGAAAGAUAUAUGCUCUGCUUCGUAGUAGUGGUUAAAAUAGCUAAAGCUUAUAGGUAGUAUUACAGUGUACAUAGUUCAUAACUCCAAGCUAUCAACUAAGUAAGAGAAAUAAAAAAAAAGUGACAUACAAACACAAAAUUCCUCAAUCUGUGCACUAGUGCCAGGAAGGGCACGUAAGAUGGUGUUGGUAUUGGAAGUGUUUUUAUCUUGAGAUGACUUUACUCUCAAUCAAACUUGCACUUCUGUAGGGUCCGUUUUAUUAGGUAGUUUUUUUUUUUCCGCCAGAUCACAGCGGAAUCGUUUUAGAUCUAUAUUGUAUUGAAAGUGAAAGGCCCUUGCAUCCUUGAGACAGAUAGGAAUUUGACAUUCCCGAUUACUGUAAUCAGCAUAGUUGUGAACGGCACUUGAGGAUGCAUGUUCGUGUAGCCAACCGGAUGGGUUGUAUAGACGUCAUAAAGCUACGUUAUAUUAAAAAACAAAAAAGAAUUACGCUAUUAAAUGUUUAUUACGACAUAUAUAUGUUGAUACUUGGGUUUCAGUAAUGUCUUUUGAUACUGAUAUUGAUGAUAUUUAGUUGACAGUCUUUAUGAACAUUAGAUGUCUCCAUAGACUGACUUAGUUUUGAUAUAACGACACGAACGAUAAACAGGAGGACAUAUCACCUGGGAAAAUAUGCUGCAGAUUUUAUAUUUAAAAAAAAGAAAAAAACAACAACGGAAAGAGAAAAAUAGCAUCGGAUAAUUCUGUAAGACACAAAGCACCUUUACGUACGUCUUUAGGAUAUUUCGCUAGAUGACUUCACGCGCAUCGCUUACCAAAGUCGAUAUUGAUGCAGCGUCAUGAGGUCGCACCUGUAAAAAUCGAUCCCUCAACAUUCACACAUUUGGAGAUGUGGUAACCAGCCUUUAAUUUAGCGUAAAUGUGUUGUAGCCUCUCGUCUAGCCUAAAUGUUUUCAUAUUAAUAGGCAUUCUUCACUUGAAUACCUCAGUUAAUUGCAUGCAUGUUUUUUUUUUUUGGUGCUAUGUUUAAGCUUGAAUUUCUCAUCUUUUUUGCACUGUAACUGUAUUACCUCUUAAUUUUGUCUUUUUGAAAUCUGUUGGGUUGGUUUUUCUGUUCUGUCAGCUCGUCAGGCUGUAGAAAUCAUUUCCCUGUUGUGUAUUCUUUUAGUUUUUAUGCUUGAAGGGGAAAUGCUGAGGAAAAAAAAAAAACAGUUCUCCGCACAUAAGCUUGAUGCAUUUCUGAUGAGCUCGGAUUUUCCUUCACGUGAAAACUGUUGUGUAUCCUAUUAGAUGGGGUUGCUUGACACUUGAAAAAAAUCGAUGGAUUGCACUCUUAUAAGCCAUGUGUCUCACUUUUUAUUCUCUCUUUCAGUCUUACCAAGUCUAAUCUGUUAAAAAAACAGUAAACUAAUCAUUGAUACCCCAUAUAUAAGGGUGCAAAUUUUAAUAAAAAAUGUGUGAAAUUGAAUUUUUACAUCUUAAAGGCUACCUAAUUUCCCCCUAUCUCAUUCUGUCUGUUUAGUUAUUAUGUUAUGGACAAACUAUUCCUGAAGUUACAUUUAUCCCAGCCAUUGCUACCUCAGAAGAUCCUUGCGAAUAGUUUGGCCUUAUCAUAAGAUCUUGUUGUGCGGAUAUGCCUUCUAACAAAUCUGAAUGGCAUUAAGGCACAGUAUUGCUUGAAAAAAAAAACGCUUAUCAGCACCUUAACAGGGGGAUAAAUAUAUACUCAUGACUAUUUGCACUAGAAUACAUUCCCACUGACAUUAAGUUUGCAUCUUUUAAAUGGAGUUUGCUAAAAAAGCGGUGCCUUUCAACUCUGUAACAUCGAAACUCUCGUCUUAUGCUACUGUAGCAAGUUUUCGCAUUUUGGUGCCAUGCUUUAUACUGGAUAUUGCCUUCCAAUUGAUUUGUUGGUCAUUUCGUAAACCAUCUAAAAUUUGACAUCGGUCCUGUCUUGAGAAUGAGUGCAAUCUGUUUCAAUUUUCAAGAGUUGAGCGACCCUCUUUACAUGAUCUCAGUCGCAACCCCAGAAUUUAGUAUUGAUAGUUAUUGGAAUUGAGCGGGAUUCACAUAUUUGCUCAGCCAAUGGCGUGAAUUUGUGCAUCAGGGUCAAUGUGCGCCAGCCCUGCAAUAUGACACUGUUUCUGUAACCCUUAACCCUCAGACUAUUGCAACUUUAUUUUGUUUGUUUGUGUGUGUUCAUAUUUUUCUAGCUUGUUACGUAUUCCCCCCCUCCCCUCCUCAAGCCUCUAAAAGGCACACACUUAUUUACCUUUCACAAGCUUUCUUCUCACUGUUGGUUUUGAACUUUCAGAGAAUGUGAAAUCACAAAUAUGGUGCCACCGCAUGGAUAUGAACUUUUUGUUUUCUUUUCUUUUUUUCCCCGGACUUAUUUUUUUUGCAAUCUAAUAAUCAAUUAUCAGUUCCCACAGAACUGAUAACACCUUAAAAAAAGGAAAGAAUUGGAGUGUUUUAUCAUCUGUGGGAGCGUUUUGUUAAAGUGGUCCUCCAUCGUAUCAUAUGCUGCAGAUUGUAUUUUCCUUCAUGGUGGAGAAUAAUUCUUUGUGUGUUGUUUAUUUUUACUUUCUUUCUUUUCUUUUUAAACAUGUAGCACAAAUAAGCAUUGCACUCGGGCGCCAUACUUUACCUCAUGUCAGAACGAUAAAAAAAUAAAAUAAGAUAAAAUACAAAACGUGUAUAUAUGAUGCCGUAACGUUUAAAGGAAUAACUUGUGGUUUCGGCCUUGCUGCUGUUUGCAACGCUGGUAUUGUACCAAUGUAUUUAAAAAAAAAAGUGAUCGGAGAGAUACAAUGUGCCUGCAGGAUAUCAUCAGAGAAAAACACUGUAGAAAAGUAGUUUCAAAUCUCUACAAUCUGGGGCUAAAUAUGUGUCCUAUGUGUACAUUCAUGUCCUGCCUUAAUGUAAUUCUUUGAAUAUGGAAUUGUAAUGUAACCCGUCAAGUCUUUGGACUGGCAUGAUUUUAAUAUGUUGGGGCCGCGUCGUCCCUUUCCCCAUAAUCCCCUUUCUCCCAUAUUAGUUGGAGUAUAUACAUCCUGAUGUAUUAGUGCAUGUCAGUGAAGACUUUCCCUUCUCACCAACCUGUAUUUCCUUUUUAGACUAAAUACAUUGUAUAGAUCUGAUUACGUCAGCCCUAGAUUUAUUUACAAGGGCUUUAUUUCAUAACAAAGUGUCAUAUUUGUUUUUUUUAAAGACAAAAAAAAUAUUGUAAUUGCCUGAUUUAAAAGUCAAAUGCACUCUUAGCAGCAGCAAGGUGUUUAAAGACAACAUAACAGGACUGGAAUGUGUGGCGAGCUCCUUUUGCGGGGAGUUUAUGGGAUUGUUGAGCACCGUGGAGCACUAAAAGUUUUGAACGGGAAUUAUGGGCCACAAACUGCAGCUCAAUUUCUGUAUUUUUAAGGGACGUGUAUUUAAAUGACUCUUUCUCAUUCAUACUGUAUCAGUGCUGCAGUGGUAUGCAUUCUGCACCUUAUGGAUCACAAAAACCUUUACAAAGUCUGCCCCCCUCCCCCCUCUUUUUUAAGUAAUUGUAGCUGAGUAUAUCUACAAUAAAGUUAUGGUAUGGUCGUUCA